AUGUCCACUGACGACUCUCAGCCGUUCUCUGUUGCUGCUAGCUCCAAGUCCUACAAGCGGCAGUCCAGAAACCACCCAUCCUCAUUCUCAGAAUGUCUCGUUGCCGCUUGUAUCUUCGAUAUCUUCAUGGUGCCAAGAACAAAGUUACUCCCUCGCGAUCAACGUGAAGACCUCCAAAGCCUCAUUCCUUUACUGCCGAAUUCACCCUUCAAGGACCUGCCUGUUAAGCGCGUAAUGGCCUGGCUUGAUGCUAUCACACCCUUACUCGUCAAGCAGCCUAGAAAGGAGGUUAUCAGUGUUGCCUACGUUCCCACACCUGCCAACAACAUUACGCUCGUUAUUGGGCAAAAUGGUUCACCUGACGGUCUUGACGAGGCAGAGAAGCACUUACAGGCUAUCUGGACCACUCUUAAGAACGCACGGGCUACACGUAGCCCUGCAGGACGUGAAGGUACCCCUGACGAGUUCGACAUACCUACCGACGCAUCGUCAAAACUCUUUCAUCAGUGCUAUAUUUUCUCACGGGAGCGCUUGAAGAGGCAGUUCGACAAGGCAAAUGGCAAUUUCAUGUAUGAGGCUCUCACGAAUGCGAGGAGGAAUAAGGACACACCUCCACAAGGCAAGGAGAGAAUACCACUAUGGGACGUCCAGUGGGGACUCGUUGACCUGAUUAUCCAGCUAUUCGAAGCGUACAACAGGUUUUUGUCAGAGGAGGGGUCCAUUGUCAAUGUAAUGCAAUUGUGUUCGGAGACAAACCGCUGGUUGAAUCGAGGCUUACAGGGGCGUGGCGAGUUCUUGGAUGGUAUAUGUACGUGGUCCUCAUUCAACGCUUCCUUCUCUUCCUCUGUCAUCUGGUCGGGCGAUUUGGUGAAGACGUAUGUCUCGGAUCCGAGUCUCAUCCGUCAAGGUGCAAGUUUUGAACGCAGGCUCAAGAAAAUCCUUACGCUGGACUCGUGCAUAUUCCAGCUCCUCGUCCUCACACGCUCGUCCUCGUUCGGUUAUAUCCUUGACAAGAAGGAUCUUGUCAUCAAGCGCGUGAAUACUCCUGACUAUGGGUAUCUGAACUAUAAUCUUGCAACGAACGAGGAGCUCAAAGCAAUGAUGUCGUCAGGAAGGGUUCCUUGCUCCCAUGCCAGUCUUGUUGACAAGCUACGGAAGCUGAACAUGGAGCGCGGAGUUGAUAAGUUGCAGAAGUUUGGCUUUAGACUUGAGGUCCAUGCCGAAUGCAAGGUCCUUGCGUUUCUCAUUUUACAUGGCCUUGUUGCGUUCAACUACAUUUCUGCGACAAAACUCAGCUGUCUCGGCUGUUUCGAUUUCGUCGAGUGUUACAACAAGAUUGCAGAGGCCAUGGGCCUGCAGACAUAUCAUUUGCGCGGUUCACACAUGCAGGCCUACCCUUGGAUUGCACCACAGACUCCAAUCACACCACAGAUCCUGGAAGAAAUGCGCAAAGUCGUAGAAGAUUACUUCCGCAAUCUUAUAACACUGGAUCGGCCGCGUACUCUUUCUGAGAGUAGUUCCGGUAGUUUCGAAAAGAAGACAUCUGUAAACGUUGACUGGGCUGGGGUUCAGGAGGAUACUCAUAAUUGGCAAGUCCGUUCCACGCCCUACCACUUUGACUGGGUAUAA